CACAGGCACACUCACUCAUCACUCAAAAAGAGAAAAAAUUCUCCUCUAAAAAGAAAUCCACUGCAAACCAUGUCGAACCAUCGAUUCUCUAGUGGAUCCAGGCAAAGUAAAUCCAAGGAAGAUAGGGAAAAUAACGAGAGAGUCCGAAUAGCUCAACUGGAUAAUAUCAUUAUUCAAUUGAGAACUCAAAGCUAUACUAACCGCCGGGCGGCUAACCUCUCCGAGGGAACCAUCACGUACGUGUGCAGUGCGGCACGGGAAGUGUUCCUCUCCCAGCCGAUGCUCCUGGAGCUGAAUUCACCGGUAAAGAUAUGCGGGGAUCUGCAUGGUCAGUUCAGGGAUCUGCUGAGGAUCUUCCAGCAGUGCGGCACACCGCCCAUGUCUAAUUAUUUGUUCCUGGGCGACUAUGUGGAUAGGGGACAGAACUCCAUAGAGACCCUGACCCUGCUGUUGUGUUAUAAAAUCCGCUAUCCCGAGACCUUUUUCAUGCUGCGCGGCAACCACGAAUCAUCGGAUGUGAAUAGAGUCUAUGGGUUCUACGACGAGUGCAAGAGGAGGUACAGCAUUAAGCUGUGGAGGACCUUUGUGGACUGCUACAACUGCAUGCCCGUGUCGGCCAUUGUGGGGGAUCGCAUCUUCUGCGUCCAUGGGGGCCUGAGUCCGGAUCUGAAGAGUCUGGACGAUAUAAAGUUCCUGCCGCGACCCACCGAUGUGCCCAGCGAGGGUCUGUUGUGUGACCUCCUGUGGUCGGAUCCCGAGGAGGGCAACAAUGCGUGGAUGCCAAACGAUAGGGGCGUUAGCUACACCUUCGGGGCCAGCGUCGUGGAGAAUUUCCUGCAGCAAUACAACUUCAAUUUAAUUGUACGCGCCCACCAGGUUGUCGAGGAUGGCUACGAAUUCUUUGCCGACCGCCGGCUGGUCACCAUUUUCUCGGCCCCAAACUACUGCAACAUCUUCGAUAACUGCGGUGCCGUCCUGGUGGUGGAUACCAAUUUGGUCUGUCACUUUAUCGUCAUCCGCCCGAGGCCAUCACAAUUGAAUACGGGGCCCUACGAGUCGGAUAGCGGUGCUGCGCCACCACAGUCCACCACAUCUUCUGGGACAUCAAUGCUGCUGCCUUCGACCAGGGAGAAGAAGGUUUUGAACUGAUUCCUUCUGACUUUGUUUUAACCAUAACU